AUGGACCACCAUAAGCUUCUCAUCGCAAACCGCGGUGAGAUCGCGGUGCGCAUCAUUCGCACAGCACAGCACCUUGGGCUUGCUACAGUCGCCAUCUACACCCCCUCAGAUGCUCUCGCGCCACAUGUCUCGCUCGCAACCGAAGCUGUCGAACUGUCCGUUCAGCCUGGAGAGAGCGAGGCAGGACCAUACCUCGAUGCUGGACGCAUAGUUCAAGUCGCGCUCACCCAUGGUGCAACACUCGUACACCCAGGCUAUGGCUUCCUGAGCGAGAACGCAUCCUUUGCGCGCGCAGUUCGCGAUGCCGGGAUCACGUUCUUGGGGCCAAGCACCGAGGUCAUCACGGCGAUGGGGCUCAAACACGAGGCGCGCAAUAUUGCAGUCCAGGCUGGUGUGCCGGUGAUCCCUGGAGAACUGAGGGACGAUGUCGAACAAGCGGUGUCGAUUGCUCGGCGACUCGAGUAUCCUAUCCUGAUCAAGGCCUCUGCCGGUGGUGGGGGGAUGGGCAUGGUCGCAUGCAGUACGGAGGACGAGCUCGUCAAGUCUUUCGAUGUCGCUCGCGCGCGAGCUCAGAGUCUCUUCAACAAUGAUGCUGUUCUACUCGAGCGCUACUAUCCUGCGGCUCAUCAUAUCGAAGUGCAGGUCUUCGGAAACGGGAAAGACAAAGUGAUACAUAUGGGAGAACGUGAAUGUAGUCUGCAGCGGCGGCAUCAGAAGGUUGUCAAGGAGACACCGAGUCCCUUCUUGAGAGACAAACUAGCCUUACGAGAUGGGAUCUGCGCAGCUGCCGUGCGCCUCUGCGAGAGCAUGAACUACAGUUCGGCAGGGACUGUCGAGUUCCUCGUCGAUGAUAUCUCUAGUUCAUUCUUCUUCCUGGAAAUGAAUACGCGCAUUCAAGUCGAGCAUGGUGUUACAGAGGCUGCACAGGGCUCUCUUGAUUUGGUCGAGCUCAUGAUACAACAAGGCAUAGAAGAAGCCAACGGAUCCUCGUUGUCUGAAACUGCCCUUGAUCAGGACCAGUACGCUGACGUUCCCGAUGUACACGCAAUCGAGGUCCGGAUAUAUGCUGAAAACCCUGCGGAGAGCUUUCGUCCGUCGCCUGGCGUGCUGCAGCUUGUUGACUGGGAACAUGGCCACCGGAUCCCAGACUGGAUGAGGAUCGAUACUUGGGUGUCCACUGGAACUACCAUCACGCCGUUUUUUGACCCCCUCGUAGCCAAGAUCAUCGUGACAGCGCUCAGCCGCGCUGAAGCUAUACAGCGAUUGAUCGGCUCACUGCGCAAUGUCCGUGUUCUAGGCCCUACCACGAACAUACCCUACCUUCUGCACUUGCUCGGUAGCGAAGUCAUGAAAGCUGGACGGACUACUACGCGAUACCUUUCGGCCUUUACCUACAUCCCAAAGGCACUGACUGUUUUACACCCGGGCUUAUCAACCCUAGUCCAAGACCUUCCUGGGCGGCCCACCAUGUUGCGAGGCAUCCCACCUUCCGGCGCGAUGGACGGGCGAGCGCACAGUGCCGCCAACCUACUUGUGGGCAACCCUAAAGAGACAGAGGCGCUGGAAGUCAUCAGUGUACGCGGGGCCGCGGUCCGUCUGAAGUUUUGGUCGGAGGCAGUAGUCGGUGUCGCGGGUGGCCACCCUGGGAUCCAGAUACACAUCGAUGGGUGUCCGGUGGCCGAUAUGUGGUCGCGAGUACAUGUCGAAGCGAACUCUGUGCUUGAGCUGGUUGAAGGAGAGCGCGGUGAUGGUGGCGGCUUCCGGACCUACAUUGCCGUUCAUGGCGGUUUCCCUGAUAUCCCUGUGUACCUCGGGUCCAAAAGCACGAGCAUGGGCUUUGGAGGAUAUCAAGGUCGAGCACUUGCUGCUGGUGAUCAACUGGCGCUUGCGGAUUCCACGCCACGAGCCUUACCCUGUCCGUUCACCCUCCCGGCAUCUCUCAUUCCCACAUACGCGAAGCAUUGGUCGAUACGCGUCGCUUGCGGACCUCACGCUGAUACCGAGUUUCUCACUCCGGAGGGCGUCAACAAGUUCUACUCGAUGCAUUGGACCGUGAGCUCAAGUAGCAAUCGAAUGGGUAUACGACUCUCGCCUGUAACAUGUCAGAACGAGCACGAGCGGGCUUUCCUCUGGGCGCGCGAGAAUGGCGGAGACGGUGGCUCGCAUCCCUCGAACAUCCUAGACAAUGCCUACGCCCGUGGCAGCAUCAACGUGAACGGCGACACUCCUGUCAUUCUAGGUUGCGAAGGUCCGGAUAUGGGAGGAUACGUGUGCCUUUGCGCUGUCAUCCAGGGUGACAUGUGGAAACUUGGACAACUCCAUCCAGGAUGUACUCUGAGAUUCGAACCCAUAUCAUGGGAAGCGGCCCGAAGUAUCAGACGAGACGAGAGUGUCUGGAUAAAGACUGUCAGCCAAGCGGUACAACAGUCGUCCCGGUCAGACGCCGGCUCUCUUGAUUCAUCGCUGCCGACACCCUCUGAGGCGCUGCUUGCUUCCCUGGACCCUCGGCUGCACGUCAUCAAUGCAGACGGAGAGCGCCCCAAGGUCAUGUUUCGUCAGGCCGGGGACUCGGCUAUUCUACUCGAGUAUGGGCCAAUGGAGUUGGACUUGACCGUGCGAGCAAGGAUUCAUGCUUUCGAAGAUGCCGUACGCAAGAAGCGCAUCGACGGCAUAGUCGGCUUCUGCCCGUGUAUCCGCUCUACCAUGUGUUACUACGACCCCCUCAUAGUCUCCCAGCAGGACAUACUGACUGCCCUCAUCGAGGCCGAGCACUCGCUACCAGCUUCAACCGCGGAUAUGGUCUUUCCCGGUCGGCGCAUCACCCUCCCUAUCGUCCUCGAUGAUCGUUGGAAUCGAGAAGCGCUCAAGAAGUACAUACAAAGCACGCGAGACAAAGCCGUUUACCUUCCUAGCAACAUCAAGUACCUGGCAAGUAACAACGGGCUUGACUCGGAGCAAGAGGCGCUUGCUAAGCUGUCUCAAAGUGAUUGGUUGGUCUUUGGCGUGGGGUUCUACCUCGCUUGUCCAUUCCUUGUCCCUAUCGAUCCGCGCGCUCGUCUUGUAGGACAGAAGAUGAACCCAUCGCGGACUUUCACCCCACGCGGCGCAAUAGGUAUAGCGGGCGUCGUCGCAGCCAUCUAUCCCAUCGAGUCUCCGGGAGGCUAUCAAUUAUACGGGAGGACAAUACCCGGCUGGCAUACAUGGGGCAAAGGCAAGAGCUUCACAGUCGAGAAACCGUGGCUCCUCAACCCAUUCGACCAAGUUCGCUACGAGCCCGUAUCGGAGGAAGAGUACGAGCAGUUGGAGAGAGACUUCGAUGCUGGGCGGUACGAGUUCAGGAUUGAGCCGUGCGAGCUCUCCAUAUCGAAGUACCUCUCUUUCAUCGAGAGCAUCAAAGACGAGGUACACGUCUUCCGAGAACGCCAAGCGGCAGCAGUUGGGAGAGAGGAAGCGAGGGAGAAGGAUCUAUUACGCGAGUGGGAGGAUGAACAACGAGCCGCGCGCGCAGAUGGCAAUACCGAGGACGCCACGGAUGCGAGCAGCGCUCACGCCUCUGUCACGGCCCCGCUGUCUGCUUCUAUAUGGAGGAUCAAGUGCUCCGUCGGCGAUGUGAUCAAGAGCGCUGAUGAUGUUCUGGUCAUCCUGGAGGCGAUGAAGACCGAGAUCAAUAUCACCGCAGGUCAAGAGCACGUCGGCAAGACCGUCAUCGGCUAUGCGAAGGGCGUGCGUGAGGGAGCUGUAGUCAGCAGUGGUGACGCGCUCAUCAACCUAUCAUGA